GUCGAUAUUUUUUGUUUUGUGGUGAGCGCGUCGGAGAAUGGAGUAAAAACACAAGAUUUUUUUUUUCUGUUGUUGUUGCCUGCCGUUUACUUUCACUCUCUACAUUAUAAUGUUCGCUCUUCGUCGUGCUGCUGUUCGCGCUGCUCCUCUUGCGGUCCGUCCUUCCGUUAGACCCUUCUCCGUUUUGGGUGCCCGUUUGUCUGGUGCUGUCUCUCACAACGAUGUCGAAAAGAACUUGGGUCCUGGUGCCCAACCCGGUACCGUUCCUACCGAUUUGGAACAGGCUACUGGUUUGGAACGUCAAGAAUUGCUUGCCAAGCUCGAAGGUCGCGAAUUCUUCGACAUGGAAGCCUUGGACAUGACCCAUCUCGGUACCCCCAAGAACCCCGUCGUUGUCAAGUCCCACGACCCUAUCCGCAUGGUCGGUUGCACUGGUUAUCCUGCUGAAUCCCACGAUACCAUCUGGAUCAACUUGGACAAGUCCCACGAACACGAUCGUUGCCCCGAGUGCGGCUCCGUCUUCAAGAUGGACUUCAUCGGCACUGAAGAUGCUGGUCACCACCAUUAAACGCAGCCGUCAUUCUUCUCUCCAUUCUUUUCACAUCGAUAAUCUCUCUCAAAAUACAAGUUUUUAAAAAAGAAAAACUCUAAAGAAAAAAGAGAAUAAGCGACAUCAGGCAAAAAUAAGACGCUUGACAUAUUUAUACACUUUUAGAUAAAAAAGUCAUCAGUCCUAUUUUCCAGAUCUGAAGACAGAAAAAAAAAAAUAACAAGUUAUUUUCUUUUGUUUUAAAUUCUCAGCGUUGCUUCACGGGUUUUUUCUAGUCUUGCAAAAGAAUCCAUCUGUCAGGAAAUCGAACACUUCCCUUUUGUCCCUUGAAACGGAGCAUCUGUAACCAUGGGAUCUGUUACUUACUGAUUUCAACAGCUGUAAAACGCAAAUGUAUUCCAAACACACAUAUAAAAAG